AUGGAAGUGCCAGCUCGUGAAGAGUCGAGCCUGCGCCUGCGCCUGCGUCUGCUUUCUCCUUCCUGCACUGUCUUUGAUCCAACCAGGACCCUCUGGAUGGGACAGCAGGGAACUGGCAGGAUGGCAGCCAGUGAUGUGGCUGUAGGCAUCAUCUUCCUGGCACAGACUGUGGUUGGAGCUCUGGGCAAUUCCUCUCUUCUCCUCCAUUACCUGGUCCUUUACUUCACUGGGUGCAGGGUAAGAAACACAGACUGGAUUCUUCAGCACUUGAUUGUGGCCAACUUGUUAGCUCUCCUGUGUAAAGGAUUUCCCCAGACAUGGCAGCUUUUGGAUGAUUUUGGAUGCAAGAUGCUUUUCUAUCUUCACAGGGUGGGCAGGGGUGUGUCCAUUCGCCGCAGCACCUGCCUCCUGAGUGUCUUCCAGGCCAUUAAGAUUAGUCCUGGUGACUCCAGGUGGGCAGAGCUUAAAGUGAAGGCUUCCAGGUACACUGGCUCCUUCAUAUAUCUGAGCUGGAUCCUAUAUCUCCUUGUAAAUGUUGUUUUUCUUAUAUAUAUGACUGGGAGAAAAAGCAACAAAAACAUCACAAUCCUAAAAGAUUUUGGAUACUGUUCUGGUGUUCGUCAUGACACAUCCACAGACUCACUGUUUGCAGCAUUGCUAACAUUCCCUGAUGUCGUGUGUGUGGGGCUCAUGCUCUGGGCCAGCAGCUCCAUGGUGCUCAUCCUGCACAGGCACAAGCAGAGAAUGCAGCACCUUCACAAGACCAGCUCCUCCAGGUCAUCCCCUGAGUCCAGAGCCACCAAAACCAUCCUCCUCCUGGUGAGCACCUUUGUCUCCUUUUACACACUUUCCUGCAUCUUUCCAGGUUGUUUGACUCUUGUUUAUAAUCCCCACUGGCUCUUGGUGAACACAGCUGCAAUAGUUCCUGGGUGUUUCCUAGCUGUCAACCCCUUUCUGCUCAUGAGCAGGGACUCCAGUGCUUCCAGGAUCUCCUUUGCCUGGAUAAAAAAGAGGAAAACCCCUGAUGUCAUGAUGAACAUGUAUAUUUUAAGGUUAGGCACAAUGCUUGUUUAUUGUUAA